AUGCCAUGCGCGCUCCACAAUCCUCGCCCCACGCAUGCCGCUGUGCUGCGCUCACUUCCUUGCAAUCACACUCCCUUGCUGCGCCCCCCAUCCGCCCACUGCGUGCAGAAGAACGUCAAGCACAGGGCUCGUCUGGAUCCUGUCAAUGAGCAACACGUGGCAGCAGCAGCUGCUGCCCCUGCUGCCACGUCAGCACCGCAGGAGAAGAAAGCAGGCGGGCUGAUGAAGGUGCGGUGGCGGUGGGUGGACGUGGAGGGGCGGGAGGGCGAGGAGGAGCUAGACCGGGCGGCGGUGAUGCAGCGCACGGGGCUGCAUGCGCGCGACCUGCGCAUCCUCGACCCGCUGCUCUCCUACCCCUCCACCAUCCUCGGCCGCGAGCGCGCCAUCGUCCUCAACCUUGAGCACCUCAAGGCCAUCAUCACGGCUGAAGAGGUGUUACUGCGCAACCCGGCUCACGAGGGCGUGCAGCGGUUCGUGGACGAGCUGCUGCGCCGCCUGCACCUGCAGCCCGCUGCUGGCCCCCCUGCCGCUGGCCCCCCUGCCGCUGGCCCCCUUGCUGCUGUCCUGGGUUCAGCUGAAGCUGCCAGCCCCGGUGCCACCAGAAGCGCGUCAGCUGCUCCCCCUGCUCCCAUUGGCAUCGCUUCCCAUGUGGGUGCUGCUGCUGGCGGCGCUGUGAGUGGCGCUGAUGGUUCUGCGAGGAGGCACGACUCCGACAGUGGCGAGGCAAGGGAGGUGGAUAGGGGUGGAGGGGGGAGAGAGGGCCUUCCGGAAGGGAGUGAGGGGACAAGGGAGACUGGAAACGCUGCUUAUGGGAGCAAUGCGGCGAGAAGAGUAGACGAGAGGCGGAGAGUACGUGCGACGCCAGAGAUUGAGAUGGUGGAGUGUGAAGGGCGUGAGAGACGUGGGCCAGUGGAUGGCGAAGGGGAUGAGGAGGAAGACGAGGAGGAGGAGGAGGAUGAUGCAUGGGAGGGCAUGGGCAGUGCGCACGGGUCGGGGGCGGAGAGUGAGCCGCUCACUCUGCGACUGCGCGUGAAGGACGGCGGUGGGGGGAAGGGCACGGGGCUACAAGCAGAGGGGGGGGAGCGGGACCGGCCAUUCGAGUUCAUUGCGUUGGAGGUGGCGUUGGAGCAGGUGUGCCGUGCGCUGGACUCGCACACCACGCUGCUGGAGAACGAGGCGUACCCCGCCCUCGAUGAACUCACCUCCCGAGUGAGCAGUCUCAACCUGGACCGAGUGAGAAGCAUGAAGAACAGAAUGAGUCGACUCAUUGCUCGCGUGCAGAAGGUGAGGGAGGAGUUGGAGCAGCUGUUGGACGACGAUGACGACAUGGCCGAGAUGUUCCUCACCCGCAUGGCCGCCGCCCCGCACUCCCCCACCGCCACCUCGCUGCACGGCGCCGCCUCCCUCGCCUUCUCCCUCUCCGCCCCCGCCACCCUCCACGCACCGUUUGCCUCUCCCCACCUCGCCACCUCCCCGCUCGGCUCGCGAAUGUCCAUUGGAGGGCGGUGGGGUGGCAUGGGCAUGGGGGCAGGGGGUGGGGGCGUGGCGGCGCUGAUGAGUCGCGCGAGUGCAUACAGCAGUGCGCACUCCGACAACGACGACAUUGAAGAGCUGGAGCAGCUGCUGGAGUCCUACUUCGUGCAGAUCGACAGCAUCCUCAACAACCUCUUCACUCUGAGGGAGUACAUCGACGACACGGAGGACUACAUCAACAUCCAGAUUGACAAUCACCGCAAUCAGCUCAUCCAGCUGGAGCUGGUGCUGAAUGCGGGCAUCAUGGGCACGUCCAUCUCCGCCACCGUCGUCGGCAUAUUCGGAAUGAACAUCCCCUACGCGUGGAACACAGAUCCAUCUGCCUUUGUCUGGGUGGUUGUGCUCGGAACAUUGGUGCCAACUCUGCUCUUUGUUGCCCUUGUUUCGUAUGCAAGGCACCGCAAGAUCCUGGCGUGA